AUGUCCGUUUUUUUCGUUGUGACUUUUCUUGCACUCAUUCUUGCGGUUCUUCUGCAGUGGCAAAGAAGGUCAGCCGCUCUUCGGCCCCGUAUACUUGGGGAUGUCCUCCUCGUGUUUGCUCACCCAGAUGAUGAGGCAAUGUUCUUUUCGCCAAUGUUGGAGCAUCUGAGGCGAUACGACGUGAAGGUUCACUUUCUCUGUCUGUCGAAUGGAAAUUAUGAGGGGCUUGGCGCGCUUCGCGAGAAGGAACUCGGCCUUAGUGCCCAGUUUAUGGGCGUUCACCGAAACAAUGUGAAGAUAGUGAAUCAUCCCGCUUUGCAAGAUGGCAUGAACAAAAUAUGGGAUGCGGGUUUGAUUCGUCAAGAGGUGCUUUUGUACCUUCAAAAGGCGAGGAAUGUUCGCACGGUCGUCACCUUUGACCAAUGGGGCGUUUCCCAUCACCCAAACCACAUUGCAACCCACAAUGGGGUCUCUCUUGUGAAGGAGAACAUGCCACCAGGGAUUGUGUUUUUGAGCUUGCGCACUAGAAGUCUACUGGGGAAGUACAGUGGAGUAUUGGCGGCUGUUCAGUACAUGACAAAUUUUAGUUUAUUGGGUCACAAGCAUCGUUUUGUGUUUCUCGUGCCUCCAACCUCGUUUUUAACGAGUUUUCUUGCAAUGAGGUUGCAUAGGUCGCAACUUGUGUGGUUCCGCUACCUUUUUUUGGCUUUUUCAUCCUACACGUACGUGAAUGAGCUAGAGGUGCUGAAGGCACCCUAG